CAAUUUCCCUGCUACAGGAGCCUCUGGAUCCACGCUCUUCUUGUUCGCUUAAAGCUGUAAGGAGGCAAUAUAUUUGAAUUUUAUUUGGAAAAAAAGGUAAGAUAAUCAAAAACAGAGCAGUUUCUAUUAGAGCUAUUUAAACUAUCUCCAAAGAAAUGGCCGAGUCUGCAGUGAGUCAGUAUGAGGAUCAGUUCAUCUGUUCAGUCUGUUUGGAUCGGCUGAAGGAGCCGGUGACGAUUCCCUGUGGACACAGUUACUGUAUGAGCUGCAUUACUGACUGCUGGGGCCAGAAGGAGCAGGAGCCGCCGUACCACUGUCCCCAAUGCAGAGAGAGCUUCAGUCAGAGACCUCUACUGAAGAAGAACACUCUGAUAGCAGAGAUGAUGGAGACGCUGCAGAAGACGUCUCUACAAACGGCUGCUGUGGAGUGUGAUGUUUGCACUACGGAGAAGAGCAGAGCUGUAAAGUCCUGUCUGCAGUGCUUGGCCUCCUUCUGUCAAACUCACCUGCAAUUGUUAUCAAUAACAUUGAUAUUAAAAUUUGUCAUUUUGAGUGGAGGGGUGGUGGGUAGUAGUUUAUUUGAAUAUUUAUUUGUCCCUCCAUUUUCAUCAGAUUUCUGUCAACUUCAACUGGAUCCAAACACUGCACACAAAAAAAUCAUCCUGUCAGAAAGGAACAGAAAAGCAUCAUAUUCAGAUAAAGUCCAGCAAUAUCCUGAUCACCGAGAACGAUUUGAUAAAUAUAUGCAUGUCUUGUGUAGAGAGGGUUUGAACGGUCGCUGUUACUGGGAGGUUGAGUGCUGUGGGGACGACUGGUCUGUAGCAGUUUCCUAUAGAGGAAUUAGUCGUAAAGGAAAAACUGAUGAUUGCAGACUGGGGUUUAAUAAUAAGUCAUGGAGAGUGACCCACUGUCAACAGAAUUUCUAUUUCAGACAUGAUAAAGAGCACGUCCUUAUUCGUGAUGUCCCCUCCUCUAGAAUAGGAGUGUAUCUGGAUCACAGAGCAGGAACUCUGUGCUUCUACAGCGUCUCUGACACAAUGACUCUACUACACAGAGUCCAGACCACAUUCACUGAACCCCUCUACCCUGCAUUUGGGGUUGCAUCAGGUUCUGUCAGGAUCAUAGAGCAGAGGGGAAUUCUCAAAGACCAGAAAUAAAAGACAAACAAAGUUUCUUAAACUUGCUCAAAGUUUUUGUAUACUCUUCUCUAUCCUGUACGAUAAAACCAAGACUAUUCAAGGUUCAUGAUUAAGACAAAAGGCGUCAACUUUAGCUCGUCAUGUCCUCUUGAGUUUCACAGAAAGGUUUUCAUUAUUGUGUGAACUAAUUCUGAAAUUAAAGCCUACUGGCAAUAAUACUAAUAAUAAUUCAAAUUCAUAAAAUCAUGAUCAGAUUUGAGAAGUGUUCUAUAAUAACAAUGUCACUAAAUUUACUAACUUCUGUGAAGAAAAAAA